ACGUGGAAAGAAGAAGUGUACAUAUUUUUUUUUGUAAUUGUUAAUUUCGCAACCUUCGUACAUAAAUAGCUUUUGUUACUUUCUACUCAUACUCAUUUGCUAAUUAGUCCUCUAAUGUUUAAUAAAUGAGUUCAGUAUUGCUUGUUUAUUCAAGAAGGCGAGACGAGAGGUGUUGAGCUGUCGCGACGCAUUAAAUAAUACCAUUUUCCAUUCCAUACGGCGGAGAGAAAUUGCAAAAAUAAGAAGGAAAAUGAUACUGUAGAUAUUGCAGCUGGAACACAAUUGUAGUGUAGCAAGUUUGAUUGUGGGUGUUUCAACUUUCCAGUUGUGCUAAUCAAACAUUCUUCUACAUUUCAAUCCACAAUCUACAAUAGAUAUAAACUUUUAGCCUUGUUUGAUAAAGAGAAAGAUCAUAACAAUAAUAAUAGCUAUGUCGUCUGAUGCCCAAGGCCAACAAUAAUGAUAGCAUAAAAAAUAAGUUUUAAUUGUACUUCAGUCAAGUAUCAAUCAGCAACAAUAAAACAGGUUGAUAACAUAAACUAUAAAAUCUGAUAAGAAUUUCGACAUAUGUGUCGUACAAACAAACACAUUCGUUUAUGUACCUUGCUGGUAACGAAUAGGAAUUUCACAUUAUAGAUCUGCCUAAUUAAGCUACAUAUUUUUACUGAUAAUUAAAUGGCUAAUGGUGUAAAUGAUGACCAUUUUUGGAAGGAUCUUCUCGGCUCAACCGCUACAUUUACAACGAUAUGUCAAUUUCUAUCAGGAAUGUUCACAGUUCACCGAAUCGUGGUGAAGCAGGGAGGAAGUGUUGGCGACCUCAGUCCAGUACCGUACUUGAUGGGCGUCGUUGGUUGCGGGGUUUGGCUCUUGUAUGGACAUUUGCGAAACGAUGCAACGGUAGUAAAUUGUAACAUUGUUGGAACUCUUCUAAACGUCUUUUAUGUUCUCGUUUUUAUGAAAUUUAAUGUGAUAAAGACGCUGAUCUACAGACAAGUGUUAUGUGCCUUGGUGUUUCUUUCCCUAACCUUGGUGUAUGUGCAUACUUGGGAUUCUGGAGCGUUGGUCCACAAUGGGGAUUCGCCACUUGUUCAGAACAUUGGACUUCUUUGUAUUGUGAUGGGCAUUUUAGGCUGUGCUUCGCCCCUUGUGUCAUUGAAAGAAGUGAUGCGAACCAAAUCAACAGAUAUGCUUCCAUUUCCCCUUAUUUUGAGCAUGUUUUUGGUUUGUACACAAUGGUGGAUUUAUGGUAUUCUUGCAAAGGAUCCAUAUAUGCAAUUCCCAAAUUUCAUGGGGACUUGCAUCGCCUUAUUACAACUAGGACUAUUUUGCGUGUACAGCAGCACUUCACCCAAUAAGGGAUUAAAUGCGGACUAUAAAAAACUGCAUAAUGUAAUAUAGUCUGAAUUGAAUGUACACACAAAUUUGUAUUUUUUCAGCCAUGGAGUAUUUUAAUUUAGGGUUUUUAAGUCAAAUUACUGGUCAGUUCGUAAUCCUAGAGCCUCACCUCAAGUACAUGAAAAGAAAAAUAUGUAUUUUUUUCUAAACCGAAAAUAUAAUUAUUAUAAAUUUAA